UUCAUAAUUUUGGAAGACAGACAUACAAAGACAGAAUUUGCCACUGUCUUCACUCAUCGGAAUUGGAGUAUCACCAGAAAACAUUAGCUUGUUCAGUUCAUUUUUCAUUUUCCUGAACCCUGCAUUGACCACUGAAGUUUUGCUCUCAUGAGUGCCACCAGCUCCUCUCGGCCCCCCAGCUCUAGGCUGAUCGGUAACAACUAAUGAGUGGCCUGGUGGCUGACGAUGAGGCACGGCAUCGACUGCACUCUCAGCCUCAAUAUCACACAGAACAUCCUCCUCUUUGUGCUCCAUGAGGGACAAAAUUUCCCGACCGUCCGAUUGACUCACAAUCAACACGGGAUAGUUGCUCCCCUCGUACCCCUCCAGGUACGCAGGCUCAAGUAUCAGACCGUCUGUGGUGUUGACUACAAUGACGGCCUUGGUGAGCUUGUUUUGGCGAUGCCCGGCAACCACCUCGGUGAGUUUCUGAGACGGGCUCCAGUCUGUGUACGGCCACGUGGUCUCCCUGGACUCCCUCGUCGUCUACCACCAGAACCUUCCUCUGGACUGGGUUGAUGGUGUCCGUCCCGGGAGCCAGGGCAUAGCUGAAGGCCUUCAACAGCGGUUUAGAGUGUGUCUUCAACUGCAGACCUGAGGAUGGCCAUACAAUACAAACAUAGA